AUGGCUUUGCGACGAAAAUUCACGUUCGAGCUUCCAGAAGAUAGUUACUGGAACGAAUCCGACUCAAAUUCGUCGGGGCUCUUCGAUGAUUUGCAAUCAAAGCAGCUUCAAGCUCGGGCAGCAGUCGACAACUUGUUUGGUGGAGAGGAAACGCCGAAACCCUAUGUUCCUCCACUAAACCCAUCACCAACUCCUGCAAAUGGAGCCCCUCCGAAAGUUGACGUCCGAGCAGCAGCCGCUUCUGACAAAGCUAAUAUUCGUUUGACAGAUACCUCGCCGAGAGCCUCUGGAAAAAUCGUCGAUGAUUUUCUGAACAUGAAGUUUUCGGACAGUGUGAAAGCAGCUCCAAUCAUGCAGUCAGCCCCGUCAGUUGUGUCUGAAGCAAGUGCCAGUAGUUUGCCCAGUGAAGCACAGAGGCUCGAUUUGGACUACAAUCGUUUGAGGCAGGAACAUCGGAAGUUGAAAGAUCAGCAUGAGGUUCUACGCCACGAGCGCUUCCAACCAUUAACCAUUGAAGCCAGCAUCAAACGAAUGUUACAAGGGCAUGUCGUUCCUCUCGAUGGCUACAGAUCUCUUCGUGAUAAAACUCUGCUCCUGAAACAAGCAGUGGCGUCUCAUGACACUAAUACUAUAUUCAAAAUCAUAAUAUUCUUGGAGAGAACUCUGAAAGAAAACAUAUUUUUCAAAGUGAUGGAUGAGCAAAAAAGUGCAUGUAGAGUGUAUACGCGACAUCUUCAAAUUACCGGCGAAUGGGAAAAGAUGAACAAGUUUUUGAGAGGCGUCGGUCAGUAUCAACACGCAUCAGUCAUUGAGUUUGAAUCCACCAGAAAAUACAAAAAGAAUCCGGAUAAGCGAGUCCCACUGUUGAGAACAAUGUUACAUGGAAGUUUUUCGAUUCCUGAGAUGAAAUUUGAAGCGAGACAAGUGGAAACGUUAAUGAGAAACUAUGAGAUUCAGUUGCAAAUGGAGAAAAUGGAUGCUGGUGGAAAAGGAGAACAUUUUAGAAAGUUCCCAAAAACAUGCACUCUGAUCGGAUUACCUGCUUUAUCCACUCUGUACUACUCAGUCAUGUAUCAUUUUGACGAUGCUUCAACAUCAUCUGCUUCACUCCCUUCAGUACAAACAUUGAUCCGGUUCAACGAUCGUCUUGCCAUGCAAACCAUCGUUUCCGCGCUCACUCGGCAAAGUCGAUGGCCGGACAUAGACAAGUUACUUCAGCCCAAAACGAUAACGAUGACAUUCAGUGCAGCGAAAAGUGUGUUCAAAGGAAAGAAAACAACGAGCAAGUGGGGUGUCUCCAUAAACAAUCACAACUUGCUAACUAUUAUUCGCCGAUCUCAUCCUUCUCCGCCAACAGAUUUCAUAUAUCGAAUCCUAAAAGGCGAGAGUGAUGCACAAGAACGUCUCCGCUUGGCUCUGCUCUUCGAUGCUCCUGAAAUGGUGAUCGAGUGUAUGACACAAAAAGGAGACAGAGUGUCGUUGGCUUCUUAUGCGAAAUCGUUAAAACCAAACUCGGUAGAAUCAUUCAAAGCUGUCGCAGCACUCAACAAUCCGUCUAUUAAAUGGAAGUGA